GUGUUGAAAACUGCCUCCGAUGCUGGGGAAACAUGGAGAGAAGAUAGCCGCCUAUUGAGAGCUUCAAGGAACUAUUGGACAAAGUGAUGGAAAUGAAGAGUUCAAACCAUCGCUUCAACAUGGCAGCAGCUGAGUCUGACAAGGACUCUGGAUACUCAGAUGGAAGCUCAGAGUGCCUGGGUGCUAUGGAGCAUAUGGAUUCAGAGGACGUGCUAAGCACACUAUGUUGGAACGCAGAGGACGGGCCUUGGCCAUGCCCAAUGACUUCAAGCAGUUCUUUUCCUGCACUUUCUCCUAUGGUUGUAAUGAAGAAUGUAUUAGUUAAACAGGGGAGUUCAUCACAUCUCCAGUCUUGGACUGUCCAGCCAUCCUUUGAAGUAAUUCCAGCUCAGCCACAGCUAGUGUUUCUUCACCCACCAAUUCCAUCUCCUAUUAACCCUCACUCUGUUGGGAAGAAGAAAAGUGACUCCACUAAUUACCUGCCUAUUCUAAAGUCUUAUCCCAAAAUAGCACCUCAGCCCUGCAAGAGAGAUCACUCCUCAGAUCUAGAGGAUGGUGAGGAAACCAGUUGCCAUAAGCGUCUCUGCACAGAAGCAGCCAAGAUGGAGACUUCUCCCUUAUCGAGGAGCAUCGGUUUUCCCACUAGUCCUUUUGCCCACCUACCGGUAAGCUUUAAGUCUGCUCAGGACUCUAACCAGCAAAGUUCUUCAACUCUGCCAAAUGGAAAAGUGUCAGCUCUUCCCAGUUUUCAUCAUAUUUCUACUGACACACAGAAAAUCCCAGGUUUGGCUCCCAUUUUGCCUUUUGGAACUCUGCAGGCAACAAAGUACACCCCUUCUGAGAUGCAGUCUGCAGUGUGGAGCCCACCACUGGUACCAGAGGAGAUUUGUACUACCCCCGAACUGCUCUUACAACAGCAAAGCAAGUGCAGACGCUUUCAGAAUACACUUGUUGUGCUACGUAGGUCAGGAUUGCUGGAGAUUACCUUAAAAACAAAGGAGCUUAUUCAUCAGAACCAGGUGACUCAAGCUGAGCUGGAUCGGCUAAAGCACCAAACGCAACUUUUCAUGGAGGCAAUAAAGAAUAAUGCCCCACAGUCUUGGGCAGAGCUAGAAGCAUCUCUGACAGGAUCAGAUAAAGCUGAUAGCAACACUGAAGAUACCACUUAUCCCAAUAUGUAGUGGAACGGUACAUAGCUGUUGUUCAAGUUACUCCUGUGCCUCAGAUUUCUUGUCUCAAGUUUUUACUUGAGCAUUUUCUGAGUCUGAAACCUAAAAACUAGCUUGCAAUGUGGCAUGGCAUUAACGACUUGUCUUCAG